AUCGAUGGUUGCCUGUUAUCUCGUCUUCUGUCGAUUGUCGUUUGGUGGUUAGGUGAUUUUUUUAGUUGACGCCUUUUUAGAAUAUUUAUUGUUAUUAUAAAUUUUUUAGAAAGAAUCUGAGUCAUCUUUGGAUCCAUUUGUGAUCACAUUAAAAUUCCAAAAAUAUGUCGGGGGACGCAGUAACUACACCUGAUGAAUUAGAUCAUGAACCUGAAAGUAACUACAAACCCCCUCCUGAAAAAACUAUUGAUGAAAUAUUGAAAACAGAUGAAGAAGACGAAAGUCUUCGGAAAUACAAAGAAGCAUUAUUAGGAAAUGCGCAAACUGGUACAAUCAUUGUUGAACCUGAUAACCCUAGAAAAGUUAUAGUGAAAAAAUUAGUUUUGGUUGUUGCUGACAGACCUGAACUAUCCCUUGAUCUCUCAGGCGAUUUGAGUAAAUUGAAGAAAGAAACAUUUGUUAUCAAGGAAGGAGUAUCUUACAAGAUUCGGAUAGAAUUUAUUGUUCAGAGGGAAAUAGUUCAUGGUUUGAAAUAUGUGCAAAAGACCAGUAAACUGGGAAUUCCUGUUGAUAAAAUGACCCAUAUGGUAGGUUCUUACGCCCCUAAAACUGAAAUGCAGUCCUACACCACUCCCCCAGAAGAAGCUCCCUCUGGAUUGAUGACCAGGGGUAGUUACACAGUCCAUUCAUUAUUUACAGAUGAUGAUAAAAAUGAGCAUCUCAAGUGGGAAUGGACAUUUGAGAUAAAGAAAGAUUGGAAGGAUUAACUUGUGUACCGUAUCAGAAUUUAUUAUGAUGUGAAAUAUUCAUCAAAAGUAUUACAAGUUUAAUCAGCGUGAAGUGUCAAAUUUUUAUACUCCGAACCUUUAUAUACAUUGAUGUACACAACCUUUUUGAAUAUUUACCUGAAAAAAUAAAUUUGAUAUGCCUUAAAUUAUACAUAUAACAAAUA